CAACCACUGCGGCCCAGCAGGCAGGACCGUGAUUUGCAAUAAUUCUGAGCCCAGUUCGUUCAAGAACCUUCCAGUAACUAGUUCAGAUAGUAUAUAAACCUGCUGCCGAGUCAGCUGCAGUUGUAUACACCAUCGAACACCCGAACAACUACGACGCAGUAGUCGAGAGCUCCGAAUUCGUAUUAUCUGUCACAAUAGUUUGCUGCAACAAGUUAAACGUGAAAUAAAACCCGUUAUCGAACGAAAUACAUAAGAUAUUAUACAAAAAUCAGUGAAGAUAUUGCGAAAAUGCCGGAAAAGCUGUUGAAAAUCACCUAUCAGGGAGCCGCCGUCGCUGGACCCCAAAAGAAAAUAAACGCAUACUUGCGUAUGCCCAGCCAGAAUUACACCAUAUUGCGCCGCGAAAUAGAGCUAUAUCUAUUCCAGGAACGUCAGCUGCCCAAAUGCGACAUUAGGACCUUCUGGAUUGAUACUGACCAGGAUGAAAUCGAAAUUAUCAACCAAAAUGACUAUGAGAUUUUCCUGGCCAAGUGCGAGGACAAUAUGCAUGUUCAGGUGGCUCCAUUGGCGUCCGUAGAGGAGGAGCCAAAGGCCUUCAAGCAGGAGAGUUCCUCGGCCCACGCUGGAGCUCCUUCCGUCGACGAUCCGAGCAAUUUCACCAUCCACGACUCCGUUGAGUGCGAUGGCUGCGGCUUGGCCCCGUUGAUUGGCUUCCGCUACAAGUGCAUCCAGUGCAGCAACUACGAUCUUUGCCAGAAAUGUGAGGCAGCCCACAAGCAUCCCGAGCACUUGAUGCUUCGCAUGCCGACCAACAAUGGACCCAGCACGAUUGAUGCCUGGAUUACCGGGGGUAAUCCAUUGGGACGCCGCUGCGGCCGUCGCUCCAGGGGUCACUGCCCCUUCCAGGAGGCAGCUCAGGCCGCUCCCGCUGGCGAUUCCGCCAGGGAGAGUCGCCGCGAGCGUCGUCAUGCCCGUCGCCAUGGCGGUGUCUUGUCCCAGUUUGUGGAAAUGAUGACCAACUUGCCGUUGAACGAAACUACGGCCACUGCACCUGCAGCUGAACCGGAGAAGCCCAAGGCUGCAGAGCCAUCCACAAGUGCUCCCCAAGCUGAGCCCACUGUAACGGCUCAAAAGGCUGCCGAAACCGAAGCCAAGCCAACUGAGCCAAAGAAAAUAAACACUGCUCCAACUGUUCCGCCGACCGAGGAUCCAGUUACUACCCCAACUACUCCGGUGAUCAAUCUGGAGAACUUGACUCAGAUGGUACCACCCGAGUACAUGCGCGCUGGCAUCGAGAUCCUAAACAAUUUCAGCGAAAUGUUUGCCAAGAUGAUCGAUCCUGCUGAGACAGGAGAUUCGGGAAUUUUUGCUCCCUCCAUGACUCCCACUACCGAGGCCAAGAAACCAGAGGAGAAGGCUCAAUCCAGUGGCCAGUCAACGGCUUCUUCGGCCAGCCAGUCGGCUGCUCCCUCUGCUGUUCCCUCAGCUGCUCCAUCGGCCAGCCAGUCAGCUGCUCCCUCUGCUGCUCCCUCAGCUGUACCCUCAACCACUCCCUCUAUUUCUGGAUCCAUCUCCGAUGCUCCGUCCGAGACAGAGCCCUUGAUUGCCAAGCCAGCUGAAGCUGCACCAGUUUCGGUGACCAACAGCGAGCCAGAGGAGGAAAGACGCCGUUCGGACAGCCCGGACCCGGACUGGCAGGUUAUCGACAAUGCUUACUCAGCAAACAACACCAACUUGAUCAACUUGGAAUCGGCCAAUCCCACAGCUGCUCCCCAGCAGCCGGUGCGUGACUUUGGCCAGCUGGGCGAACUUCUGCGUCAGCACAUCAACGAAGAGGCUCGCGUUGAGCAGGCUACAGCCAACACCCAGACUUCUCAGGUGGAUACGGUGACCACGUCGACCUCGACCACAUCCGUGUCCACCAAUAGCGUCGGCACCUCACCAGCAGCUCCCGAGGAGAAACGCAGUGUUCCCGUCUACCACACUGAUGAACGCAUCAAUGCAUCCAUCCAUGCCAUGAUGGCCAUGGGAUUCAGCAACGAGGGCGCCUGGCUCACCCAGUUACUGGAGUCGGUUCAAGGCAAUAUUCCAGCCGCGUUGGACAUAAUGCAUGUCUCGCAGAACCGCAACUAAAUAUUCAUAUACAUUAUCCAUAUAUCUACUAUAUAUCUUCAAUAUGUAUAGGACCCAAUGAGAAAAGGGGAUUUGUUUUAUCCUUUCCGUUACCUAUGUAGUUUUAGUUUUUUCUGAGGUGCUUGAUUACUCUCGUUACCAAAAAAUGUAAGUGAAAAUGUAUGUAUUUUAUGUUUUAAAUAAUCAACAGCUAUAUAUGUGAAAUUACAAUAAAGGCACAAAAUCAAAAUGA